AUGGGUGUGAUAUUGUUGCUUCUCUUAGCAAGUUCUUUCACUGUGUUUGCUUCUCCUACACCACCCCCACUUCAUCCUCCACCCCCGCCGUUUCAUCACAUACCGGUUGAACCACCACUUCACGCCCACUCUCCUCCACCACCCCCACUUCAUCCUCCACCACCGUCCCCUUUUCACCCACCGGCCCAUGCUCCUUUUCACCCUCCUACUCCUCCUCAUGUCCAAUUCAAGCCUCAUGUUCCCCCACCUCCUCCUCAUUACACUGUUCGCCCACGAGGGCGUCCCUUCCCUAAUCCCUUGUUGGAAGUUCAAGGUGUUGUUUAUGUUAAGUCAUGCAAGUAUGCUAACUUUGACACCCUCACGGGAGGCUCACCAGUACUUGGUGGCGUUGUGGAGCUGCGAUGCUACAUCAACAAACACAAAUAUGUCGUACCAGCCAAGACUGACAAGAAAGGUUACUUCUUACUUCAAGUCCCAAGGAGCAUCACCACUUCUGGAGUUCACAACUGCAAAAUCUUUUUGGUAAGUGCACCUGGUGGCCUGAAACCCACUAAUCUCAAUGGUGGUGUCACUGGUGGUGUCCUCAGGGCAGAGCUCCCAAGUGUUGAACGGAAGAAGCUUCCUUAUGUGCUCUACGAUGUUGGACCCUUCGCAUUUGAGCCCAAAUGCCCUCGCUAA